GCGCGCCGACUCGCCGACCGGCCGCAGGCUCCACGUCUCGGGUUCCGCAGAGGCCUGUGGGAGCGGCCCGGAGAAGGAAGGGCCAAGAUGGCGGAAGCGGCUGAGUCUCCAGGAGACCCGGGGACGGCAUCGCCCAGGCCCCUGUUUGCAGGUCUUUCAGAUAUAUCCAUCUCACAAGACAUACCUGUGGAAGGAGAAAUCACCAUUCCUAUGAGAUCUCGCAUUCGGGAAUUUGACAGCUCUACAUUAAAUGAAUCAGUUCAGAAUACCAUUAUGCGUGAUCUAAAAGCUGUUGGGAAGAAAUUCAUGCAUGUUUUGUACCCGAGGAAAAGUAAUACUCUUUUGAGAGACUGGGAUUUGUGGGGCCCUUUGAUCCUUUGUGUGACACUUGCAUUAAUGCUUCAAAGAGGCUCUGCAGACAGUGAAAAAGAUGGAGGACCUCAGUUUGCAGAAGUGUUUGUCAUUGUCUGGUUUGGUGCAGUUACCAUCACUCUCAACUCAAAACUUCUUGGAGGAAACAUAUCUUUUUUUCAGAGCCUCUGUGUGCUGGGUUACUGUAUACUUCCCUUGACAGUGGCAAUGCUGGUUUGCCGGCUGGUACUUUUGGCUGAUCCAGGACCAAUAAACUUCAUGGUCCGGCUUUUUGUGGUGAUUGUGAUGUUCGCCUGGUCUAUAGUAGCCUCUACAGCUUUUCUUGCUGACAGCCAGCCUCCAAACCGCAAAGCCCUUGCUGUUUAUCCUGUUUUCUUGUUCUAUUUUGUCAUCAGUUGGAUGAUUCUUACCUUCACUACUCAGUAAAUCAGGAAAUGGGAAUGAAUAAUCAGUGAAUUGAAAGCUCAUCUGAGAGAUGAAAUUCAUCAUGGAGCUUUGCCUCUGACCCUCUUUUGUCUAAUUUUGGAGGUUGUUGUUAACUGUAUGAGGAAGUUACAAGGGAGCCAUUUACGUAUGAAACUGAUGUUUGCAAGGCUGUCCUUUUCCUCUUCAUGUUGUUUCUUUAAAAUUGAUGUGCUUUGUGCAUACACUGUAAUGCCUUCCUCAUGAAUAAGGGGGUCACUGUGGUCCAUUUGGGUGACAACCCAUGACUUGGCAAGCACAUGGAUACAUCCUGCAAAUUGACUAGGGUUGAUGAUUGCAUUUUCAGUUUUGAGAAUACCAGUUCAGAUGCAGCUCUGAAACACAUCGCCUUACGACUAUUAAAAUAUGCCUGUUUUUUCAUAAAUUAAAAUGGCUACUUUUUAUCCAUUUUCUUUUCUCACUAAAGAUUAAAAAAGGCAGUGACAACUUGGCAGGUGGUUUCAUACAUGUGGGCAGAGAAACAUGCAUUAACCAAUAUUCAGAUUUCAAUCAGAAAAAAUUCUGACUUCUUGCUUAAAAAAACCUUAAAAGUCUGAAGAAUCAGCUUUUCUAGUCAUUAUUUAAAGUCACCUUUCUGCCACGCUAACUAUAACUCAGUCAUACUAUAACUGCUCUAGUGGCUUUAUUAUUAUUAUUUUUUAAAUGAAGUACUUUUUUCUCACAUCAUGUUGAUUUUUGAAUAGCAUAUAAUUUCUCCUCUAGGGUAUUGUCACCUUAGUUCUUCUACCACCACCACUCUAGUUUUUAAUUUUACUAGGAAAAUGCAAGCUACAGUGUUCGUGGUCAAUGUCUAGUUUUCCUUUGAGCUCUCAGUGGACCAUGUAGAAGACCUUAGAAAUUUAGAUCAGUCAGUUCCUAAUGCCUACUAUCAUGCCUACUACCUUCCCUUCAAGGCAGAAUGAAUACGACAGUUUGGAUACAUAAUAGCUGUAAGGAAUUCAUCAUUCUGCGCAGUGUCACCUCUACUAGAAAGUAAAGCUAGACCAGAAGCCGCAUUUAACCAUGGAGGGAUUUGGUGUUCUGAGAGUUGAUUCACAGAGCAACUGGAUGCUUAAAGCUUGACAUAAGAUGAUUUGGCUUUCCAGCUGCCGCCUUUUCAUAGUGGGCUUAGCAGUUUUUUCAUUAGAUGUGUUUUGGGGUCGGGAAAUAGGAAUUUAUUAUCUUGGUUUUACACAUUAUUUGUAAAGCAAAUUUUCUCUCCUUUAGACAAGAACGUUUUGUACAUGUUUACUCCUACUUGCAUUUUCAGCUAUUUAUGCACACGCAUGUGAAGGCUUCAGGGAGCAAUGUUUGGUUCAGGCUGAUUCUAAGUACGAUGCCUUUAAGGUAAUACGAGCUGCUGCCUUCUAUAAAUUGCACAUUGAAGAACUAUUAACAGACAAAGAUUAGGAGUCAGGCAGAAAUAUUCAUUGUAAAUAAACAGUUACUUAGAAAGAUGAUAAUUUCUUAUAGAAUUUAAAUAUUUAUUCAUUUUGUAUUGAAAGACUACCUACAUAUACAUAGUUUUAAAAACGUAUUUGUUCAACUCCAGUCUAACCAAGUGAACAAUACUAGGACAAAUGAAUUCUCAGAAUGACACUCAUUACAAAAGCAUUGCAGAAUCAGUCUCUUCCAUCCUAACCUUGUCCAAUGCUUUUGGUUAUAUAUUUGUAUUUACUUAAAUUUCUUUAAAAUUGUGAAAUAAGCCUGUGAGGACAAAGCCAGUGUUUCAAUUAUGAAUUGAGAAAGAGAAUAAUUUGAAACUGGUCCUAACUUUGAAAUAAUUUCAAAUGAUCAUCCUUGUCCAUUGUUGAAAACUUUCCAACUUCACACUAAAGUCAUCUCUUCCAAAGUUAUUUCAUAAUCUGUCCCAAUGAUUGUAAUUUAAAAUUAAAUAGCCAUGCUUCUCAAAAGGGAAUUACUGAAUUUUACUCAGGCUACACGUUUGGUUAGAAAUUCCGAAGGCCAUGACUUUCAGGGGGGGGGUUGUGUGUGUGCAUGAGAUGGAGUUAUAUGUGUUGAGUUUUAAGGCAGCUUGUUCUGUGUCUUGUUUAUCUGCUGCUCUUAGGUAACUUCGGGAAUGGUUUUAUUUGAUUUAAUUGAAGGUGGGCAUAUGGAGAUUGUCGCUAUCUUUAAAAUAAGUGAUAAGUUUGAGGGUAUAAAUAAAUAUUUUCUUAAAAAUUAUACAGAUGCAUGCUUUCAGUGAUGAAAGAGCUGAGUUUCUAGAAGUUGUAGCCCUGAACGAAACUUUCCCUGAUUUGCUGCAAAGGCACAUAGCUAAUAAUAAAAAGGAGAACUAGAAAGGAAAGGACGUCCAACAAUGGAAGCCCUGUUUCAGGAAUUGGGAAUUUCAUGCUUCUGAUGAAAUCCAAGGGUCAUGAGCAUUAUUGUCAAAUAUGGUACAUCACUGCCCUCGAGGUUUAUCACUUGCUGCCCCCAUUUUUGAGACUGAGGUACGGAUUUCAUAUUGUUUAGCAAUAGGAAAAGUGAAGACUGGAUUUAAUCACUUUUCAGAUUAUCAAAACUCAAUUGAUGGGAACACAUUUGAAUGUACAGUAGUUUUAAAAGUCAAUCAUUAAUUGUCAAGUCUUUUGCCCAAGGCUUAUUACAUGAGUUGAAUUGGAUCUUUUUGCUAUAGUGGGGUUUUCUGUCAUUGGCUAAACUGGGGUCACAGGGCAUGGGACUGGUAAGCCGUUUGCUAUUUAUAUAUUAAUAUGUUUUUUUUUUAUAAAGUAUCUCCCAAAUGUGAUUUAGAAGGCAAACAAGCCUAUGUUUGAACAUUUAAUUAUGUACCUUAUAUGAUCUCACGGUUUUCUUUUUUUGGAUUUCCUCUUUAUUUCUGGAGAUUGAAAAUGGAAGUCUUUCAUCAUUUCACAUUUUGGGGAAACAUCAAGUUUUGGGAAUUCUCUAAAUCCUGUCAUGACAUGCUCAGAUGUCCAUUGCAUGCAGUUGUUUAAUUCCAGAGUAAAACACUGAAAUUGUGAUUCUUAACUAUAUUUAACUUCUGAAAUAGCUUGGAUAAAAAUAAAUGUGUGAGUGUCCUUCCAUGUAUGUAAGUUAGAAAUAAAUACUUUUUUAGGUUC